AUGUUGAAGAUACCAGUAACAGCAAAGAACUAUGAAGACGUGGAUCCUCGCCUGGUCGCCAAACAGGUGGCCCGGUGCCGCUACUAUACGUUGGCUGACCUGGCGAGUCACAGUUCUCACUACGAUUGUUGGGUAGCUCUCUUUGGUCGUGUCCUCGACUUGACACCCUUGCUUGUCAAGCAUCAAAACGAAUUAGCUCUUCCUCUGAUAGCCGCAGCUGGGACGGAUAUUUCGGACUGGUUUGACGAGAAGACAAGAAACCCUACUCGACACAUUGACCCAGAGACGGGAAUCGAGCAGCCAUACACGCCUCAAGGCAGAUUCAUCCACAUUCCACCCCCGUACCCCUCCGGCGACUGGGCAACGACCGUCGGAACACCCUGGUGGCUCGACGAGAAAUACGUGAUAGGACGCCUUACGAAGAAAACGCGAAAAAUUCGCAUUCUGAAUCUGCUUGUCCAGCACGAAGUAGUCCUCGAGGUGCCGUGUGAGGACACAAUAAACGAAAUACAGAGGAGGUAUCUAAGCGAGAACGACCACGCCGGCUCGUACACGUGGAAGAGACUUGAGAAACCUCUGAACAUGGAGCAAACACUGGAAGAGAACGGCAUUCCGGACGAAGAAAUGCGGCUACGAGAACUCGGCAUCAACCCGGACGAUCAUAUUCCCACUCUUCAUUUAUACUUCAACGACGACUUAACUGUCGCGUGA